ACCUUCAAGAGUGGGCGGGAGCGCGCGAGUUUGGGGGACUGUCCGUGGGGCGCGGAGGCAGGGCCUCGCAGGAAUGCGCAGCAUGAACGGCGGCGUGGACUACCUCCUCUCCGAGGAAGUGAUCAAUCUCACCAGAGGACCUUCAGGUCUGGGGUUUAACAUAGUUGGUGGAAUUGACCAGCAGUACAUCUCAGAUGACACUGGCAUCUAUGUUAGUCGGAUCAAAGAAAAUGGAGCCGCUGCACUUGAUGGACGCCUGCAGGAGGGAGACAAAAUUUUAAUGGUUAAUGGCAAGGAGCUGAAGAACAUGCUGCAUCAACAUGUUGUGGAACUGUUCAGGUCUGCAGGUGAAAAAGUAUCGCUUAGGGUUCAACACAGGCUGCCGCCCCAGAAUGGUCCUUCAAGCCACCGAGGAGACGGAGAGCCUGGAGCCAUCCCCUUGGCUAUGAUUUUGGUGCCAGGGUUGGCCAUCGCUGCAACUUUAGUAUGGGCCUUCCUGAGGUAUCGGCAGCGGGUGUGACCCCCACCGCUUCUAGAUAAGCCCAUCAAUCUAUGAAGAAAUUUCCAACAGAACAAAUCAACGAUUUUAUUCUGGACUGGGGGAGCAGGAGUGGGAGCGGGAGGAGAGAAUCAUUGCCUAAUGCAAAGUUGCUGCUGCUAGCGAGGCUGUCCAUGGAGGUAACGCGGUAGCUCAUGGACUGGGCUGCCCCACUUAAUUGGCUCCCUGGAGGUCUGGUUGACCCUCCUCUCAUUUUCCUCUUGCCCCGUGUGUUCUUGUUUGUUCAUUGUUUUAAGGGUUUGGCUGUCCUGCAAGGAGAACAUCUUAUGGUGGGCCUCUCCUAACAGUCCUUUUGCCACUUGUCAAGCUGUUCCUGAAACUUGGGAGCAACUUCUGGAAUAAUUGCCAGUAUAGCUGUGGUUUUCAUUAGGGUGAGACCGAGAUGCCUUGAAGCAUGCGGUCAGGUGUCCUUGCCCAGUGAGGGGGGCUCUUGGGAUUGCAGGCAUUUGGCUCCAACAGAGAGGGGAAGGAGUGGCUGUUUUUGGAAGUUAAAUUUUGUUUGACCAUUUGUCCUUGCAGAUACGCCACUCUCUAUCAAUGAAAAUGAUGAGUAUAUCUUUUUCUUAAAAGUUGUUUUAUUCCUGGGGUGGGGGUGGGGUUGUCUUUUAAUGGUAUUUCUUUGAGAAGCAUACACAAUUUAAUUGAUUACUUUCUAGUAGGUGGUUCCCACUUCAGAAAAGUGUGGAACAUCAAGGCAAAGUAGCGGAUUGCUGAAAGAGAGCAGUUACACUGGGGUACGGCUUUUUGUUUUCCUUGGUACCUCUAUAAAGGGUAAUGCACCGUCUUCAAGGGGGUUGGUCUGUGUGUGCCAGUGCUCUCGUGUUGAAAGACUAAAUUGAUAUGGAUUCUGUGAAAAGCACCUGCCACUAAAUGCAUGUAUCGGAGGAAGGAUAUGGCGCCAAGUCUGCAUUGUAUAAAUGAAGCUAACUUGAGGUACAGCUGUUGUGCAUUUGUACAACCCAUGCCUGUGCUGCCACUCUGAUGCCUUCAGGGCAGCCAGGGUGGCAGCUGAAAAUUUGUGGCAUGCACUGGCACAGUGUGGAGUAGGGUGUAUAGUACGUACUGCUUUCCUAUUGUCCCUGUAAGUGUGAAUGGACCAAAGAGUCAAUUCAAACUCUUUGAACUGAGUUGAAUGAAGACCAGCUGGAUAGAACUGGUGUGGGCUCCUUGUGACCCUCCAGAUAUGUUGGCCUAAAACUUCAGUGAUCCCUUACCAGCAUAGUCCAAAACCUCUGGAGGGCCAUAUGCUGCUCCUUCCCAGAAUAAAGUACUAACAAUUAUGCAUCCAUCUUUGUAUAUGUGUGCCCUUAAAGUCUUUCGGAAGCAGGAAAGCAGUAUGCAUUGCCCCACUAUAUUUCUAAAGUCAGAGGUAACAUUGAGAAUUGUGUUCAGCUGACAGCUGAUCUUGGAGAGAUGUAGGUAACAUUCAGUGUUGCCUGAGAUGGACUAACCCUAACCCUGAGGUGGACUGGACCGCUGAUCUUGAACAUACCUGCUAGGAUGUCAGCCCAGUACAACCCAACAGUGUUUCCUUCCAAUAAUUGCAUUUUGGUUUGGGUAGUCAAAUUCCUUCUUUCUUAGAUUGGCGAAGUACCCAAACGACAAAGAAGUGUGUCCAUGCUGCACAUCCCUUGGCUGAAGAGCCUGAAGUGCUGGGUGUGGAUGUGAGCCAUAUGUCUGUGAGCUGUACAGCCAGGAAGUGUUUUUAACAGGUGGAAAUCUGUAAGAGGACAGCAAGGCAGAAUUCAAAAAAGAAAGGCUGCAACAACUUCACUUUCAUGAGCAUAGGCUCCCAUGCUGAUUGCAUCAUUCAGUUCAACGAUUUUGCUUACUGGCAUAACAUCAGUUCCACUCUUUGUGAAUGUGUUUUUGUACCUUGCAAAAGGAAUUUUGAUGUGUGAGGUCUGUAUGAUGCCAAAAACCAAAAAUCACAUAUGCAAUAUAUGUAAUGAGUCUGUAAAUUGAGUUCUGAAAUCUCUUUAAUUUCAUAAGGUCUCAUUUUUCUUUACGGGGCUCUUAAUGACACUAUUUCAAGGGGUGUAUCAUGAUUAACACUUUCCCACUACAGUCCCUGCCCUCGCUUGGUUUUCCCUCUUGAGUACAGUUCAUUCCAGACACGCCUUAUCCAGUCCUUAGCAUAGCUGGUUUUCAUGAAUGUAAGUAGAGAGAGGCACACCAGGGUAUGUGCCCUGGAUCUUUCUGACAUGCUCCAAUAAUAUCAAGUGCCUUAACUUUGGGGGAUUCUUCUUUGGUAAGGAAAGUGAGCUCCAUGUGGGAUAUUUGAAUUUUACUUUGUAUUUAAUGUUUUGAAUCAGAUUCUCUUAUCAUUAUUAAAUUAUGUUUAUAUCA